AUGCCAGCCUUCCUGCCGGCCAGCCAGCUUUCCUGCCUGCCAGCCAGUGAUCUUGCCAGUGUUCCUGCCAGCGUUCCUGCCAGUGUUCCUGCCAGCGUUCCUGCUGUCCAGAAAGCUUUCCUGCCAGACAGCCAGCGUUCCUACCAGUGUUCCUGCUGUCCAGAAAGCUUUCCUGCCAGACAGCCAGCGUUCCUACCAGUGUUCCUGCUGGACAGCCAGCGUUCCUGCCAGCCAGCCAGCGUUCCAGCCAGUGUCCUGCCAUUGUUGCUGCCAGUGUUCCUGCCACUGCUCCUGCCAGUGUUCAUGCCAGCCUUCCUGCCGGCCAGCCAGCUUUCCUGCCUGCCAGCCAGUGAUCUUGCCAGUGUUCCUGCCAGCGUUCCUGCCAGUGUUCCUGCCAGCGUUCCUGCUGUCCAGAAAGCUUUCCUGCCAGACAGCCAGCGUUCCUACCAGUGUUCCUGCUGGCCAGCCAGCGUUCCUGCCAGACAGACAGUGUUCCUGCCAGCGUUCCUGCCAGUGUUCCCGCAGGCCAGCCAGCAUUCCUGCAGGCCAAACAGCAUUCCUGCUAGCCAGCCAGCGUUCCUGCCAGUGUUCCUGCCAGCCAACCAGCGUUCCUGGCAGUGUUCCUGCCAGCAUUCCUGCUGGUGUUUCCGACAGCGUUCAUGCCCGCCAUCCAGCAUUCAUGCCAGCCAGCCAGCGUUCCUGCCAAUGUUCCAGUCAGCAUUCCUGCUGGGCAGCCAGCAUUCCUCCCAGCCAGCCAGCGUUCCUGCCAGACAGCGUACCUGCUAG